AUGAUUAAGCUUGGAGCCUGGAAUAUUAGGGGGUUGAACGACCCCCUAAAACAAAAAGAGGUUAGAUCCCUUAUUCUGGUUAAUAAUUUUAGUUUGAUGGGUGUUGUGGAGACUAAGAUUAUGAUUGUGGAUGUGGUGUUGUUAGAUAGCAAGAUGAAUUUCCUUUUAUCGAUUGUUUAUGGUUGUAAUCGAAGUUCUGAUAGAAGAGUUCUUUGGUCUGAUAUGAGGGCUGUUUAUCAUGGGUUUGGAGAUAGGCCUUGGAUUCAAUUGGGGGACUUUAAUACUGUGCGUUUGGCUAGUGAAAGGUUGGUAGGUUUUGAUGUUAAUUCUGCUGAUGAGUUUAAUGAAUGUCUGACUGACCUUUCUCAAGAUGACUUGCCUUCUAAAGGUUUUUGGUUUACUUGGACCAAUAAACGAAGUGGUAGUGGUGACAAUAAGAGUCGUAUUGAUAGACAUCCAGAGUUUGAACAUAUUUUAUCCUCAUCUUGGACUAAUUUGGUGGUGGGCAGACCUAUGUUUGUUUUGGCUGCAAAGUUGAAGAGGUUAAAAGGGGUCUUGAAGCACCUGAAUCUGAGGUGUUACUCUAAUAUUAGUACAAGAGUUAUGGAGGCUAGGGAUCAGAUGAUUGCUAUUCAACAACUAUUUUUUGCUACCCCAUUUGAUGUUGCUUUGUGUAUUCAAGAUAAGGAACUGGUAUGUACUUACAUAAACCUUAGGAAUGCUGAGGAGUCUUUUAUGAAACAGAGGUCCAGAGUUAAAUGGUUGGCUCUGGGGGAUCAAAAUUCAAGUUUUUUCCAUCAGAAAAUGUGUGCUCAUAGGGCCAGAAAUACCAUUCAAAGUUUGCAUACUAUUGAGGGGGUGUUUAUUAAAGAUUCUGAGGCUAUCAAAGAAGAAAUUUUACUGUAUUAUGUUAGUCUCUUGGUACUCCUUUUCUCUAGCAAAGUGGAUGCUAGCUUUCAAUUACAACAAGCCAUUCAGUCUAGAGUGCCCAUGGAUGUUGUGGAUCAGCUUAUUAGUCCUAUGAGUGUUAUUGAAAUUAAAAAAGCCUUGUGGUCUAUCAAUGGUGAUAAAGCUCCUGGCCCGGAUGGUUAUAAUUCUCUCUUUUAUCAACAAAAUUGGGGUGUGGUUGGGCAAGAUUUGGUUCAAGCAGUUACAUAUUUCUUUGAGCAUGGAUACAUGUUGAAGGAGCUGAAUGCUACAGCUAUUUCUCUUAUCCCCAAGGUUCAUUCUCCAUCUACUAUCAAAGAUUAUCGGCCUAUAUCUUGUUGCAAUGUCUCUUAUAAAUGUAUUACUAAAGUUCUUGCCAAUCAUUUUGCAAUCUGUUCUCCCUUUCCUUAUAAAUAA